AUGUCGGACGGAGAAGAGAUCACUUCCAACCCCCCCGUCGCCGAAGCCGACGAGGUCGAAGUCUCGGCCGACGCCGGCGCGGGCGCAGGCGCGGGCUCCAUGUCGGUGCUGGACGCUCUGAAGGGGGUGCUCCGGAUCGCGCUGAUCCACGACGGCCUGGCGCGGGGACUGCGCGAGGCGGCGAAAGCGCUGGACCGGCGGCAGGCGCACAUGUGCGUCCUCAACGAGGGCUGCGAGGAGGAGGCGUACAAGAAGCUUGUCAUUGCGCUGUGCUCCGAGCACAAGAUCCCCCUGAUCAAGGUCCCUGAUGGGAAGAUGUUGGGCGAGUGGGUUGGUUUGUGUAUGUACCCUAUAUAUCCGCAGGAUAUAUAUGAUAUCUGGGUGUGGUAUAGAAUGCGCUUGCUAACCGGUUUUUUUUCCCCCCAGGCCAACUCGACCGUGACGGCAACCCCCGCAAAGUCGUCAACUGCUCCUGCGUCGUCGUCCGUGACUGGGGCGAGGAGUCCCAGGAGCGCAACAUCCUGCUCAACUACUUCCAGACUGAGCAGUAGACAGACGCCCAUACACAUAUCCGUGCCAUUCCGGUUUCUCGUCGUCUCGUCAGCAUAUUACGAUCAUGAUCACGGUCACGACUUCGGCUCCGGUCAUUUUACUGGUAACUGUCUGUUCGUCCGUUCCGUGUGUUUUAAUGUUUUAAGUGCAAGAAAAGUCCCAGUCCCUCACCAGAGCCAAGUACAUUCAAUUCAAGUCUCUCAUGUUAGAUACAAGGCACAAUUGCAACUGAGAAGGGAAAGGGGGAAACAAUUGGAUAUGUUUGCUGUCGACAAAAAAAAAGGAAGCAGAACACCAGCCCAAUGCUCAAACCUCACCGGACUCCAAAAAAAUCAAUCAAUCAAACAUCAAUCACAUCACACUGGUAACUUGGGUAAACUGUCGAUACCGGUAGGGAGAAAGGAGAUAGUAUCCAAAUCAUCUGCAUCUGGCUGGAAAGGAGAACAGGGAAGAUGA